AUGGAAACACCACCCAAGUCACCCAAUAUACCACCGGAACCACCGGACGACACCGUCAUGGAAGAAGACACUAACCAACAACACUCAUACAAAGAAAUGUUACUGGACAAACAAAGUACUACACAAGCAGAGUAUUUCACAACGGGAACUCAAUCUACGUUCACACAAGGAAAAGGGAAGGAAUCAACAGGACCUAUAAUUCUCUCACAGGAGGAUAAGAACAGGCUCUAUGAACCAUGGCGCUUCUCAGUCAUAAUCAAGUUAUUUGGAAAAAAAAUGUCACACUACCUUCUCCGUUCUAAGCUACUUGACUUAUGGAGUCCAUCCAAACAGUUGAUUUUGAUUGACCUAGGAUGGGACUUUUUCAAAGUCAAAUUUAGUAAAGAGGAGAACCUAGUGAAAGCCAUACAAAAAGGGCCAUGGUUCUUAUUAGAAAACUUCCUCUCAGUAAGAAGAUGGGAACCCAAAUUCGUUCCACAGGAAGCAACCCUUUCUUUCACUGCAAUUUGGGUGAGACUACUACAAUUGCCAACAGAAUUUUAUGAUAAUGAAGUCCUUGAAAAGGUGGGUCAGAAACUGGGAAAACUCCUAAAAAUUGAUACAUGUGCCUCAGCCACCCUCAGAGGAAGGUAA